AUGCUAUUUGAUCUUCCCCAGCCUUUGCCAAUAUCAACCUCACUUAGCGGCUUCUGGGGUGCAGAAGGCGCCGUAAAGCUUGCUGGGUUCGCCCUCCCAUCACUGCCGAAUGUUUAG